AUCGAUAACAGCAUCAUGUGUACUCUGAAACCAGUUUUACAAAGAGAGCGAAAUCGAAGAGUCAACAAAUAAUAAACAGAAGUGUUUAUUUUAAACUGUUCAAAUAAUUAUUAAAUUAAGUUACCAGCAUUGAUGACAUUUAGUGAUAUUAAUAAAGUUUAAUAAACCAAAAAUGGAUGUGGAAGUGAUUAUACAGGAAAUUGGUGAAUUCGGGAGAUUUCAACUGCAAAAUUACAUUCUUGUUUGUUUGCCUGUUUUUUAUGCAGCUGCAAAUUCCCUCACAUAUGUGUUUACAUCUCGAUCAACAAAGUAUCGUUGCUUAAUUCCUGAGUGUGAAGCUGCAAAUGACACAAAAUAUGCACAGGACUGGGUCAAGGACAUUCUACCGGGAUCAAUAUCAGAUUCAUCACAAUUUGUACCUGACGAGUGCUUAAAAUACAAAUUUAUAAAUAAGUCAAGUGACUCAUUCUUAGAAAACGAGACAUGCCAAGCACAUUGGUUUGACAAUGAAAAAGUAAGAUGCUAUGAAUGGGUGUUCGAUGGAGCUGAGACCGCUAUUGUGAAUGAUUGGCCAGACGAGCUUGCGUGCGCAGAAAACAAAUGGAAAUUAGCACUCGUGGGGUCUGUUCAUUAUGCUGGCAUCAUUGUUGGAACAGCUCUUUUUGGAUUUUUGGCAGAUCUUUUUGGACGUAAGAAAAUGUUUAUCGUGUCUAUAGUUUUCAUGUCAAUUACUGGAGUCGGACAUGGACUUGCAAGGACUUACAUUUGGUUCCUUAUUUAUGGAUUCUUGAAUGCAAUCGCUACUGCUGGUGUCUAUCCACUAGCUUUUGUGUUGGGAGUGGAAAUGGUUGGGAAGAAUAAGCGCGAAAUGGCUGGAGUUGUGCUGAACUAUUUCUAUUCAGUUGGUGAAGCUCUUGUUGGAAUUAUCGCAUGGAUUGACGGUGACUGGAGGAAUCUACAAUAUUGGGUGUCAAUUCCACCUAUACUAUUUAUCUUUUACUACUGGAUCAUACCCGAGUCAAUUCGAUGGCUUAUUGCAAACGAAGCUUAUACCAAAGCUUUUGAAGUCGUUAAAAAAGCGUCAAAAGAAAAUAAUCGAGAGCUUUCAGGCAAACUUUUAGAACAGUUUGAGGCAAAGUGCUUUGAAAAAGAAAAUACGGAAUCAAAAGCUCAAGAUGUAAGGCAUAAAAAUAUUGAAUUAGCAACCUACGGGAAAUUUUUGAGGUCGAAAAUUUUGAUGAUUCGAAGUCUUUCUUUGUGCUUUAUAUGGGGAACCAACGCCUUUGUCUUUUACGGAUUGUCUCUAAAUUCAAUUAAUUUGAGUGGAAAUAUUUUCUUGAACUUUGUACUUGGAUGUCUCAUUGAGAUUCCCGGAAAUACCAUAUCGUGGAUUACGAUGAACAAAUUCGGUCGACGACGUUCUUUGGCUACAUCACUUCUAAUUUGUGGAAUAUGCUGCAUAUCUGGAGGUUUUAUUGCUGAUGAAAGUGCCUGGGCUCAAAUGGGAUUGUUUUUGCUGGGCAAAAUGGCAAUUACUUCAUCAUUCACUACCAUUUUUGUAUACACAGCUGAGAUGAUGCCAACAACCGUCCGCAGUGGCUGCCUUGGAACAUUUUCAACAAUGUCUCGGUUUGCAUCUCUUGUCGCUCCUUUCAUUCCAUUGCUUAAAAACAUCUACAGCUUUCUGCCUUUAGUUGUUUUUGGAUUGUUUGCAUUUAUUUCUGGAUUUUUAUCAUUUUUGCUGCCGGAAACGCUGGGUUCAAAGUUGCCUGACACAAUUGCCGAGGCUGAACAUAUUGAGACUAGAGAGAAUGUUUCUGAUAUGAGUGAUAUUACGAGAUUAUGAUGCUUGUGACUAUCUUUGUGGUUUAAUCAUUACUAUAAGUUGUAGUAGAUCUUUAAAGUUGUUCAUGACAUUCCAAAAUUUGACAAUAAAGUUUGGGUUUGUUCUCUUUUGAUGUCCGAUAUUUAGGGGGAGGGGGUUGAAAAAAAAAUUUUUUUUGGACGUCAUAAGUGAAUGACCCCUUUUUACAUUUUUUUAUCUACAGA